AGAAGCUUACAGGGCAAGAGUUCACCGGUUUGUCCAACUCGUUCUCGGAGUCUUGAGGAUAGCGGACGGACUUUACGAGCCCCAAAACACACGUGAUCGGCAAAGGAGUCGCUGCAGUCCACGACUUAACUCAUGGAUAGAAGUUAAGCCCGCAGAGGACGGCGGAUAAGUCUGGCUGACGUUAAUAGCGACUGCUGUUAUUGACUUUGACGACAGCAGCGACGAUGCCUGUUUGACACGGAGGGGGGAAGCUUUCUGCUUUCAGGUGAUUGAGAAAGGGAAGGGCCUGAAACAUGAUGUCCAUUGGAACUGAUAGCUGACACCGUAGAAUGAGAGAGGAUGGAGCAGACAGGCAACCCUGCCCUUGAGAGCAACAACCCUAAUGGGUUUGUCAACCGUGUGUUUAAUGUUUCUCUGGAUGUGGAGAAUGAGACCAGCAGUGUUUAUAUUCAGGAGACUGGAACAGGGCCUGCAGAGGGGCAGGGAGAGACCCAGGCUGCCUCUUCUCAGACCCCUGUCAAGGACAGACAGGAGGUCAACAGGAGGCCUCGUGCCACAGGGGGCAUCUGGAAGAUCCUGAACCGAAAGCGAGCUGUCUCAGAGCUGGAGAGGAGACCCCACUCCAUGAUUUUGCCAGGGGAGGCUUCCAUCCCGAAACUCUCAUUCGCUGACAAAGUUCGAUCCUUCAAGAAGCUUAAAUCCCCAGCUGUAUUCAGAGGGAAGGCAGGGAAAUUGUCCACUGCAAAGUUUACCAGCUCUUUGGUGGAUGAGGAGUCUUUCUGCCGCGAUAUUGGCACACCUCAGCAGCCCAGUGGUGGCACGCUUAGACAGCGUGGCCAGAGGCAUUCGUAUGCUGGCUAUACAGCACAGUUUGACUGUUUGUUUGAAGACAUUGACCUCUCAACUUCUAUGGAUGGCCAUCAAUCCACUGUAACGGGCGAGGCUGUGACUCAGAAUGGCUGCAAAUCAUCUGAAAAAGUUUCCUAUACUAAAAGAAGCCACAACAAUUCAGCCAACUGCAACAAAACUGCUGCAGCUUGUGAAGAACUAAGCACUAGAGAUAGCUCGAGGACCCACCGGAGUGGAGGAAGGAGGCACAAAGAUGUGUGGAGUUACCUGAGGAGGAUUUCCCUUUUGGGGAAGACCAAUCCUGUGUAUUCAGAGAGGAGCUUUGACUCUGAGCUUCCCUCUCUGGACAAAACAAUAGACUCAGACUAUGGCUCUGUGGACUUUGAGAGUGUCAGAGACUUUCAGCCACCUCCCCCAAAACAGUCGGACACCAAGGGGCACUUUGGUGGUCUCUUCAAAUUUUUCAACAACUUUGCAGAGACAGCUAGACGAUGGCGAACAACAUCACGCUCCUUCUCUCCUCCGGAGGGGGAGAAGACUCCGAUGAGCUCCCCACAGGCCCCACAGCGCGCAGUGGACAAUGUUCACAGUGUGUCUCUGACACUUCACAAUGAAGGACUUCCAACAUCCCAGCCUACCCCUUCAUCACCAGUCACUAGUAAAUUCUUACACUCCAAUAGCUUUGAUGGUGACACUCCAGCACCUGUGACAGGUGGACGAUCACCUACAGUGGUCCUUAAAGCCUUUAGGCCCUGCUCAGGACCUCAGGCUGUCAAUGGUUUUCAGAGUUUUGAAGUUACAGACAAACCUGCUGACAGAGAGACAAACCUCUGGUCCGAGGCCAUAGUAGAAAAUCAUGUCCCUCAUUUAGGCUUAAACACGGAGGCUGAAAGUGAAGCAGAAGUUGAAAGGGACCAAUCAGAUUCUCUCUGUCAAGAGGAAAAUGUAGCGGGACAGACAGGAAAUGAGCAGGAUUCCCAAGAUGCUCCGCUUGACUCCCACCCGAUACAGGAAGUGAAUGUCCAAUCACAACAAGGUGAUAAAGAGAGCACAACCAAUAGCGUACCAGCAUCAGAUUCCACAGAGGAAAUAUUUAAGCUGUGUGAGCAGAUUGCCAGCCAGACAGGCUGCAGUGUAAGACAGCCUGGCCCGGCCUUGCCCCACUCGAGCACAGAGAAGACCUCUGUACCUCAGAAGCGCUUGCGCCCUCGUCCUCGCCCGGCAUCAGCUGUCCUGGACCUUUGGAGACCCAACCCGGACCGAGAUCUCGACAGCCAUUACAGUGAGGUCGGCUCACUUUCCCGAAGGAGACGCAGGCCUGCUACCACAGUGCAACACUCUCUGGGGCAGAGAGGGAUGGCUUCCCGCACCAGGCCUUGCUCUGUCAUAGAAACCAGUGUUACUAGGGAGACGCAGUCCACGGAACUGCAUCACAGAGCCUUGUCUCGCCCCCCGGGUGUGUCACCGUUAGAGCCCCCACACAGGGCGUCUCUCCAGCGGUGUCGCUCCCUGCCUCUCCCCCCCAGCACUCUCACUGCAUUGGCCCUGCUCCUGCCACAGUCAGCAGACAUGGGGCAGUCCUCAUCUUCAGUGCGCCUGCGAUCUGGAGGUUCUGGUAGCUGCAGGAGGAGGAGGCUGUUAAGACCUGGGUCAGAACCGCUACAGGUCAACAUAUUGAUAAGUGGAGGUUCAAUCGUCAACGCUGAGGCGGUAUGGGACCAUGUGACCAUGGCGGACCGGGAGUUGGCGUUUAAGGCCGGUGACGUCAUCAAGGUGCUGGACGCCUCCAACAAGGACUGGUGGUGGGGCCAGAUUGAUGAGGAGGAAGGAUGGUUCCCUGCCAGCUUUGUACGGGUGGAACCCCACCCUCCUCAGCCCCAAACAAAACAGGUUUUCUAUAUCAACCCCAUAGCAACUCCACGGUUCCAAAACACCACGUCAAAGCUGUGGGUGAACCAGGAAGACGGUGGAGCAGAGCCAGCUGAGGGAACCAGCGAGGUACAGAACGGGCACCUGGAUCCAACCAAUGACUGCUUAUGUCUGGGCUCACCCCUCCAAAACCGAGACCAGAUGAGGGCUAACGUUAUAAAUGAGAUUAUGAGCACAGAGAGACAUUAUAUCAAACACCUCAAGGACAUCUGUGAGGGCUACUUGCGCCAGUGCAGGAAGCGCGUGGACAUGUUUAACGACGACCAGUUGAAGGUCAUCUUUGGAAACAUCGAGGACAUCUACCGCUUUCAGAUGGGUUUUGUCAGAGAUUUGGAGAAACAGUACAACACAGAGGAGCCGCACCUCUCUGAAAUCGGGCCGUGCUUUUUAGAACACCAAGACGGUUUCUGGAUUUAUUCAGAAUACUGUAACAACCACUUGGAUGCCUGUAUGGAGCUGAGCAAACUGAUGAGGGAUGGCAGGUACCAGCACUUCUUCGAAGCCUGUCGCCUCCUCCAGCAAAUGAUUGACAUCGCCAUAGAUGGCUUCUUGCUCACGCCCGUCCAGAAAAUCUGCAAAUAUCCACUCCAGUUGGCCGAGCUUCUUAAAUACACCGCACAGGAGCACAGUGACUAUCGAUACGUGGCAGCAGCGCUGGCAGUAAUGCGGAACGUCACCCAGCAAAUCAACGAGAGGAAGAGACGGCUGGAGAAUAUUGACAAGAUCGCCCAGUGGCAAGCCUCGGUUCUGGACUGGGAGGGGGAUGAUAUAUUGGACAGGAGCUCAGAGCUCAUCUACACUGGGGAGUUGUCAUGGAUCUAUCAGCCGUAUGGACGCAGCCAGCAGCGAGUCUUCUUCCUCUUUGAUCACCAGCUGGUCCUCUGUAAGAAGGAUCUGAUACGCCGGGACAUCCUGUACUAUAAGGGCCGCAUUGACAUGGAUCGCUACGAGGUGCGGGACACUAUAGACGGGCGUGACGAAGACUUCAACGUUAGUGUGAAGAAUGCCUUUAAAUUGUGCAACAAAGACAGCGAGGAGAUCCACAUCUUCCUGGCCAAGAAGCCAGAGGAGAAGAUCCGCUGGCUCAGGGCCUUCGCCGAGGAGAGGAAGAUGGUGCAGGAGGAUGAGAAAAUCGGUUUUGAGAUCUCUGAGUACCAGAAGCGACAGGCAGCCAUGACAGUGAGAAAAGUGACCAAACAGAAAGGUGUAAACAGGUGCACGCCCCCUUCAUACCCGCCCCCACAGGACCCCCUCAGUGUGGGGCAGUAUGAGGUAACGGAGGACAUGGCACAAGGAGAGGUUUUUGAAUUCAGUCAAUCCAAAAGAGGCCAGGCUCCUUUCUGGCAGAAUUUUAGUAGAUUAGCUCCAUUUAAGAAAUAGAGAUACACAGACUCUUCCGAUGGACCAGCUAUUUUUCUUAGAAGCACUAAACACUGGAUGAUCAUGUCCCCCCUCCCCCCCCCAUGAUGAAGAAAAAUACAAAAAAAAAAACCCCACACAAACACAAGACUUUGAAGUUAAGGACCAAUGUUAAUAUAGAGUGUGAUUGGAAGCUGCGAGAGGACUGAAGACUUGGAUUUAAAACAAAGAAAAAACGUAUAAAAAAAUAAACACAACUUUACAGUUCAUAUAUGUUAGUAACAUUCUUAGUUAUCAUGCUUCUCCGGCUGAGUCAACUGUCACGAACUCUUCCCCCCUUUCUGGAUAAUCACGCCAUCUGAAUGUCCUGAAGUCAUCGAGAUUGUUACAUGAGAUCAUUUUCAAUCCAUCUUCUGGAAAGAAACACGAGGCCAAGCCAAGUCAUUCCCAGUAGUAUGAUUGUGACCAAAACAAAAAAACUACAAAAAAAGCUGAGAUCUUGCUGUGCUGCUAUGUGAGAUUGUUUGCUGCAUUCUUCUGAAUGCGAGACGACGACCUCAGCCGAUCGCCGCGGCCUGUGAAGGACUUGCCAAGCUCGGCUGUCAACCUCACCUCUGAGUUAGCUCCAUCCUGCCACUGAUCACGCACCCAUCGAGCCAUCUCUGCGCUGCUGAUGUCUGCGUCUGGACCUCCUCCUCGCACUCAGAGCUUCAUUCUCUUCUCUGUAGCAGCUUGCAUAUAAUAGCCCCCUCCUCUCUCUUUCUUUUCACAGUCUGACAUUAGGUGUUCCCUUCCUUCUCCACAUCCCACUCGUCCUCUCUAUCUCUCCAUCCACCUGCUCUGCCUCUGUGAGUCAGUGGCUCUCAGAGGAAGAGUUUCACUCUUUUGGAAACCUGCCAUUGGCCGUGAUGUGAUGAUGGGUCAGGGAACAAAUCAAUAGGCGGAACAUCAAUAGUAUAUUUACAUCCGUUCACCAACCACUCGUGACAGGGUAUUCAUGUCCGAUCGCGCUGAGGGGGUGUGUGCGCGCGCUGGAUUUGGCAGUGAGCUUAGAUGAAGCAGCUGGGAGCAGGAGAUAGGCCGGCAACGGUCCGCCUGCCUUGUGCCACAGCCCCUCUCCCAUCCCGCCCUCCCUAGAGACCACCCCUGUAGCACUGUGCUGACACCUGGGUGGAAAAGAGAAAAAAAAGCACAGCCUACCUCCAGAAAACGAGCGGUAAAAGUGAAGUUGUGAUGCAUUGGGCAAAAGAAUAACAUGUCAGCUGUCAAAGAAAAGACUUCGGUUAAUUAUUUUGUGUCACUUCCACUGUAAAAAAGCACAGCAUGUACUCCCGUUUUGAGUAUGAGCGAUACAAAUAUCAACACGUCAGUGUGACCAAUAAGUAAGAAGCCCAUCCAGUAUUCAAGAGGGUGGGGGGUGUCUAAAAAGUGAUAAUGAUUUGUGAAGUGGACCAAAACUAACUGGGGAAACAAAAAAGUCCACUGCAGCAGUGCAAGCCGAUACCGUAUACGGAGGUAGAAAGGCGAAUUUAAACUGUAGCAUGCAGGUUUCCUCUGACACAUUCAUACAUCUCUAUAGACUCCAGCUCCAAACAUCUGCUUUCUGCCUCACCCCUCCUCACGUUGCCCCCCCAGAUCUGGCAGUUAGCUCCAGCUCUGCUUAAGUGAUUUCCAAAGGACUGUGGCGUGAUCAGAUUGGUUUUGUUUAAUCAACAAAAACGUGCGUGAAGCCGUGGUCUGCGAGAGACCCUAGCAUUAUAGAGUCCUUCAGCAGUAAAAGAGAAGAUCUGAGGAAGUGAAGAGGAAAAUUCAUCGUGAAGACGUAUUCUUUUUUCCCACACUUGGAAUGUAAGUGAUACAUCUGUCCACGGUUUGUGACCACGUUUUGACCUCAGACACAGGAGUACAUUUUGUGUUGAAUUAUAUCACCAGAUGGACAGUACAUAUACAGUUUGACAAUUUGUGCAAUGUGAUAUAUCAUUCUAUAUCUAUCACUAUUCACUACAGCGUGCUAUGAAAGAGUUAUAUUGUUCUAUGUCAUUUGUUUGCCUUCUUAUAGGCCUUAUAACCUGUUGGAGAAAAAACAGACCUUACAAUUGCUUUGUAUGUUGUAAUUUAUGUUUUGUUUCAGUAAAGGAAGUUGAGAAAUGGGUGAGUUGGCUGCUGGUGUCUGUAGAGAUGGCUCCCAGUGAGAUUGUUUUGGAAGAUAGUUCUCCUGGCUGGUACGGCAAAAAAAGAUAUGGUUCCUAGGCUAUCGUAACCUCAGGUCCCUUGCUAUGGCCCGCUCUGCCCACCCUCCCUGCUCCCUCCAACUCCCUGCUUAACACUACCACCAGUACCAACAUACAGAUACAAGCAUGUAGGCAAACACACACACACUAAUAAUCAUGCUUACUUGCUGGCCCGUUCUGCUGCGGAGAGGAGAGAUGCUAUCUAACAGUGCCUUCCAGCAUUCCACUAGUGAUUAUCUAUUCAGUUUCACAGGCAGAUUUGAAUUAGUCAUGUAUUUUCCCUUCAGUGCAUCUCUCACUCUCUCUUCCGUUCUGUUCCCACAACUCCCGCCCCUUCCCUCAUGCACACUGGGAAUUCCUCGUUCCCCAGUGCACGAGAGCCGCUCGGACAGAAACUUAGGCUACGUUCACACUGCAGGUCUUAAUGCUUAAUUCCGAUUUUUUGAUCAAAUCCGAUUUUUUUUGUCUGUUCGUUCACACUACAAAUAAAAUGCG